GUAUUUAAUUAAACUGCUUUUAAAUGGAGAGGUACAUGCGUAAAACAUGUACAUGUACAUGCGUAAAACUGGGCACGCUCUGUGCGUAAUGAUUCACUUAGGAGUGGAUGUUCGGUCCCAUACGUUUUUAAUAGUAUACCGUUUACUGUAAGACAUUGCCCUGCCACACUCUGCCUCACACACACACACAAGAGGCUGCGCGAGAGAGCGCCGCAGUCGUUGCGUCACAGAGGACACGUAACGGGACUGCCUGAGUCUGACCGGAGGAGACAGACAGUCAGACUGGGGUUAGCGGGGACAGAGCAGAGACAGCAGGACCACUCUCACCGGAUACUGCCUGCACACAGAAGGCUUGUAACUAUUGAUUCCUGCGCAGUGUUAACACAGAAGACCAAAUACAGCCAUGGUAUUCAGAGGUACAAUAACAGAUGCUCCGGACUUUGAUCCCAGCGCUGAUGCCGAGGCCCUUUACAAUGCUAUGAAAGGCAUCGGGAGUGAUAAAGAGGCCAUAUUGGACCUGGUCACCUCAAGGAGCAACGCACAGAGGCAGGAAGUCAUUACAGCGUACAAAUGCAACUUUGGAAAGGACCUGAUUGAGGACCUGAAGUAUGAGCUCACAGGCAAAUUUGAGCGUCUCAUUGUCAGUCUGAUGAGAACCCCAGCCUACCAUGAUGCCAAAGAAAUCCAUGAUGCAGUCAAAGGAGCUGGAACAAACGAGAGAUGCCUUAUUGAAGUCAUGGCAUCUCGGAACAACAAACAGAUACACGAGAUGGUUGCAGCAUACAAGGACGCCUAUGGCAGUGACAUGGAGGAGGAUAUCAUCAUGGACACGUCGGGUCACUUUAAGAAGAUGCUGGUUGUUUUACUUCAGGGGACCAGAGAUGAGUCAGGAGUGGUGAACGCAGACCUGGUGGAGCAGGAUGCACAAGAACUGUAUGCAGCAGGGGAAGAGCAGUGGGGGACUGACGAGGCCAAAUUUAUCAUGAUCCUGGGAAACCGUAGUGUGACCCACCUCAACAUGGUUUUCGAUGCAUUCGAGAAGAUUGCAGAGAUGUCCAUUGAGGACAGCAUAAAGAAUGAGCUGUCUGGGGACUUUGAGAGGCUGAUGCUGGCUGUUGUCCAGUGUGUAAGGAGCGUUCCCAUGUUCUUUGCCAAGCGCCUUUACAAGUCAAUGAAGGGUCUCGGCACAGCUGACAACACCCUGAUCAGGAUCAUGAUCUCUCGCUCUGAAAUAGACAUGUUGGACAUUCGGGAGUGUUUCCGUUUAAGAUAUGAGAAGUCACUUUAUAACAUGAUUAAGGAUGACACAUCAGGAGAUUACAAGAGGACUCUGCUGAAUCUGUGUGGAGGAGAUGAUGACUUAGCUGGAGAGUUCUUCCCUGAAGCUGCUCAGAUAGCCUACAAGAUGUGGGAAUUAAGUGCCAUGACCAAAGUCCAGCUGAGGCCAACAGUCCGCCCCGCACCCAGUUUUGACCCUGCUGCUGAUGCACAAGCGCUGAGGAAAGCUAUGAAGGGAUUCGGAACAGACGAAGAUGCAAUCAUUGACAUUGUUACACACAGAAGCAACGCUCAGAGGCAAGAGAUCAGACAGGCCUUCAAAUCCCUACUGGGAAGGGAUCUGAUGAAGGACCUGAAGUCUGAGCUGUCAAAGAACUUGGAGAGGCUGAUCAUUGGGCUCAUGUUGACUCCUGCAGAGUUUGAUGCCAAAAUGAUGAGGAAGGCAAUGGAGGGGGCUGGGACAGAUGAACACGCUCUGAUCGAGAUCCUGGUCACCAGGAGCAAUGAGGAAAUACUUGCCAUGAACGAAGCUUAUCAGAAUGCCUAUAAGAAGUCUUUGGAGGAAGCCAUUCAGUCAGACACAUCAGGCCACUUCUGCCGCAUCCUUGUUUCUCUCGUGCAGGGUGCAAGAGAGGAGGGACCUGCAGAUGUGGAAAGAGCAAAUGCAGAUGCUCAGGAACUUGCCGACGCGUGCAAUGCCGACUCUGAUGAAAUGGAGAUGAAGUUCAUGAGUAUUCUGUGCACCAGAAGCUUUCCUCAUCUUAGGAGAGUGUUCCAGGAGUUUGUCAGAUGCACCAACAAGGACAUUGAACAGAUUAUCAAGAAGGAGAUGUCAGGAGAUGUCAAAAAUUCCUUUUAUGCAAUAGUUCGCAGUGUAAAGAACCAGCCGUCUUAUUUUGCAGACCGUCUGUACAAAGCCAUGAAGGGCCUUGGUACAGACGACAGAGCGCUGAUCCGCAUCAUGGUGUCCCGUAGCGAGGUCGACCUUUUCAACAUUCGUAAAGAGUUUAAGGAAACACAUGAUGCCUCCCUACAUGAAUUCAUCCAGGUAGAAACUAUGAUUGGCGAUACCUCGGGAGACUACCGUAAAACGCUGCUGAUACUCUGCGGAGGGGAGGAUUAAACUCAUCAAGUCUCUGCAGCUUCGUUCACAGACUUCAGUAAAAAAAAAAAAAAAAAAAAACACGAGACGAGCCUGAUCACAGAGUGAAACUGCAGUGGUUAACGCCAGUAUCUAUCGUCAGUGUCCCUAAACUGCUGCCGCCCCUCAGCCAAACCAAGUGACCUAUGACCUCCCAGCCUUCAAAGCCAUUUUUCUGCUCUCGUGUCUGAUUGUCCUGUCCAUCAGGAUGUCUUUCUUUUUCUUUCUUUCCUUUUUUUACAGAGUCAAUUAUAACAUGAAGAUGUUCACGUCAGUGUAGAAAGGUGCGCCACAUGUACAGCAUAUUGGAAAUGUUGAGCAGUGCCUUCAGAUUGCAGGCUGUCCAAUGAUUACUGUCAUUUUAAGGUAUCAUAUAGACCGAAAUAAAAAUGAUUACACACACACAAAGUCUUUUUUUUAUGUUUCUUGAAAAACACUGAAAUACUUUUGCUGUAUAAAUUCAAGUUCAUGUGAAGUGUAAAUCAUGAUAGCUCUCUUGCUGUCCUUUUUUUGUAUGUGUUCUGGGUGGGGUGCCCUGGUUUGUGUUUGGCAGGGCAGUUUAAUGAUUAACUGUGCUGAUACUGGCAAUAGAAAUGGGCCAGGCAGAAAGAGAACUACAAUAUUUAGCAUCAGGAAACUCCCACUCCAAUUCAAUGCCUCUUCUGCUUAACAAACUCAAAAAUACCCAUAGGUUAUUGUUGUUCAUAAAGGUUAACCAUGUGUAAAUAAAGGGUGAUAUAAACAGAAUAAUAGCAGCUUGUUCAAAUUAAUAUUUUGAUUAUUGGAUAGAAGCUAGAAGCUAAUGUUACGUGCCUAAAUGUAAAUCUUGUUACCUCUUUCAACCACUCUGCAUCUUUACAUUCAAACACACUGUAGAGGUGUAGUGUGACUACCUACCAUGACUGAACAGUCAUCAACACAUUUAAAUAAACAAAAAGAAAACAUGUCGUUCACACUUAACCAUAUUAACAUGUCACUUAACACUUCAUUUCAUGUUGCUCAGUUGGACUUGCGUACUCGAUAAUGGCAGGAGAAAAGUACAAGACAGCUGUCUCUGUUCUUGUCAGUGUCUCACUUCAUUGCGUAUGUGUGAGCGCAGCUGCUGUCAGGCCAUCUUUGAGUUAAAAGAGGAAAGGAGAAAAAAAAGAUGUAUGUGGCGAGGAAAUCCCCUGCAGUACGCCAAAAUCCUAGGCAACAAAUAGAGUCUGCAGCAGUCAGUCACACUCUGGUUUUAAUGGCACACCCAACAUGAAAUUGCUCCAUUUGAUGAUAAUUAUGAGAGAUUAAGAGAUUACUCGUGUAGCACAUUGUUAAAAUGCAGCCAAUGUCAAAAUAUACAAUUUGAAUUUCCCUUCUGACAGCCGGGGGGAAGUUUGCACUGUGGUGUUUUUCUGAGCAGCCUGCACAGCAUGAAUUAAAUAGAUUGAAGUUUACAUAUUUCAAAGCUGUUAGUAACAGCGUGUCACAUCCUCAGAGACAGUUAUGGGUGCUGCUUUAGCCUCUGACUUUUUAUCUACAGUCUUUGUAAUUACAGUGGCAUCAUGAUGUGAUCAUGCAAACAAGUCACACUGUAUGUACUGUACUGAAUCCACAAGUAAAUACACAUUAAAGGUUAUCUGUGUUUUUCUUCA